AUGUCCUCCCAGCAGAGCGCCGCUGCCGCCAAGGGCUUUUCCAAGGGGUCUUCCCAGGGCCCCGCCCCGUGCCCCGCGCCCGCGCCCGCCCCGUCCUCCUCCUCCUGCUGUGACGGCUGCUGCGGCUCCGGCGGCGGCUGCUGCGGUAGCUCGGGCUGCUGCGGCUCCGGCUCGGGCUCCGGCGGCUGCUGCUGCUUUCCACUGAGGCGCCGCCGGCAGCGGAGCGGCUGCUGCGGCUGCUGCGGGGGCGGCAGCCAGAGGUCCCAGCGCUCCUGCAACCCGGGCUCCGGCUGCUGCUCGGGCAGCUGCUGA